AUGAUGAAAACUGCAAUUUUGUAUAAGGAAGCUGAGGAAAGUGAAUUCUAUCCAAUAAGUUGUAUUAAGUGUGGAUGUGUGCAAGACAUUUUGGCAUUACAGUUGCAUCAGCAGAAAUGCCAAGGUAUUGAAGAUGACUACAAGUGCCUGUUGAGUAUGCUGUCCAAUCUCAAUUUCAGAUUGCGCCUGCAGUUGCAUUGGAUACUGAAGCCCAAGAGAAAAUGUCCUUGAGUAAGCCUCUAAGAGCCUUCAAAGUAAAAAACUUUAAGCCAGACAAAUAUUAUUGUGACAAAUGCCGAUUUUCCACAAAGGAUCUCUUACAACAUAAGAAACACGUAGCUCAACAUGAAAAGAUCAAAUUUAUUUGUUCCCAGUGCGAUUGGGUGUCUUACACCAAAGGGGAAUUCCAAAGGCAUUUAGUGAAACAUACCGGAAGAUUUCCAUACCAGUGCAAAUACUGUGACUAUGGUGCCGUUAGGCAUGAUUAUAUUGUCAAACACACGAAAAGAUUGCACGCAGCUGAGAAGCAAGAAAUGAUUUCAGUUGCAAAAGUUGAUCAAAAACGAAAUUGUUCACCAGAGCAUAAUUUGGAGUGGAAGAAACAUGCCCUGGAAGAUUCCUGCAGUUCACACCUUCAGGUUUAUCAGAUUUGUGGGAUUAAAGAUGAAAUACCUGAAAUUGAUUCAUCAUCAGUUUAUGAUGAAUGUAGUCAAAUUACAGCCUGCAUACAAGAUGAAAAUUUAUAUAAACUAUCUGAUGUCAGAAUCCAUAAAAAUGAAGAUGCAUUGAUGGAAGUUGACGUUUAUUCUCCAAAAAGGGGGCCUAUAAGACCUGGAAUGCCAUUAACAGUGGUUGCACCCACCAAAUUUUGUGUUCCACAUAAUUGUUUGGCACAAAUAGUAGAAAUUAAAAGAAAUAAUGGCACACAGCAGCUGAUUCUUAAACUCAUUCCUCCGAAAGGAACUACCUCUGAAGCUAUGAAAUCUGAAAAAGAAGAAUCUGGAAACCAGCGUGAAGAAGAAAAAACAAUAAAUAACUGUGUGCCCCCAACUCUUGAGUCCUGUGCUUUAGAUAAUGAGAAUGACAAGAACUCUAUGCAUUCUGCCGGUUCUGCUACUUUGAACUGCAACUUGAUAAACACCCAGGAGGAAAAUGCUAUUUGCGAGAGAAAACACACAGAGAAUAUGAUCUUAUACCGCCUUUAG